AUGCGGAAGUAGCGCGCUUCAUGGGCUGGCUACGGGGUGCCUUGGUUACCGGCAAAUUGUGACAGUUUAUUUAUAACUCAUUGUGUGUGUUUUUGUACAAUAUAAGCAGUUGUAAACGAUAAUAUUAGUGCAGUUAGGGUAUUCACUCUACAGACACUGUAUUUUAUUGGGUAUUUAAGUGAGAAAUGGAGUCAAAGCCAACAGGUAGCCCGGGAAUGACAGAAUUCAAAGAUGCUCCAUUGCCGGAAAUGCAUGUAAACAAGCACCAGGCUCCGGAUUCACACUGUGGCACGGACGCAGCUCGCGCCAGGUGGACAAUUCUCCGACAGGUAUUGAGACAGAAGCAGCUCGAUAGUAUCAAGGUUCAGCCAGUAUCAGUUCGCAGGUUCUCCUCCUUCAACCUGUUCUCCAGGACAGAGGUUCCCUCACUGGAGAGCGAUGGCCCAUCUGAUGGCCGGUGGAUUGAGUACAGAAGUGCCUGCUUUCCCCAGUACAGUGCCUUAAUCAGAGACAGCCAUGGGCCGAUUAAAAUGGAGGAGGUGCUCAGCAGCUUUGACAACACCGGAAACGUCUGUGUUUGGCCCUCUGAAGAGGUGAUGGCCUACUACUGUCUGAAGAAUCGCCAUAUGUUUACGGGUUCCUCUGUGUGUGAAUUAGGUGGAGGGAUGACAUGUCUUGCUGGGCUCAUGAUUGCCGUUUGCGCUGAUGUGAAGGAAGUGCUGCUAUCUGAUGGUAAUGAGAAGGCCAUCGAGAAUGUGCGUGGGGUUAUCGAGAGGAAUAGACGAGCCGGACUGUUCACCUGCACUGAUGUGUCCAGCAGGGUGGUGAGAUGGGACAGUGAGCGGGACGUGUCCACGAUGGAGGGCCGCUUCGACGUGGUCAUGUGUGCUGAUUGCCUGUUUCUCGACCAGUACAGAGCCUGCCUGGUUGAUGCUCUAAGGAGAUUACUGCGGCCUGAUGGCACAGCAUUGGUGUUUGCCCCUACGAGGGGAGACACACUGACAGAAUUCUGUAGACUGGCAGAAAGAGCAGGACUCCUAGUGUGUCGCUAUGACAACUACGACUCAAUCAUAUGGGACCUGCAUAUAAAGAUGAAAAGAGAGGGAAAGGAGGCAUAUGACGAGAACAUCCACUAUCCUGUGCUGCUCACCCUCACCCACAUACCCAGUCCACGCCUGCUGUGAACCUGGCAGACCUCCGCUGUGCCACCCCCUGGCUCUGCCACUGUGAUACCCAGGGUUUACUCAACCUAGCCUUUCUCACUCUUUUAUCCAUAAUGCUUUUAAAACACACAGUAUGUGUCGGAGUGUGUGGGAUUCAGCUGCUGUGUGAACUCAUGCCUGACCUUGUUACUGUGCAAUAAGAAGUGUGUAAAACAGAGGCAAGGCCACACGGAGCACAGCCGUCUUCCUGAGAACUGUGUGUACUGAAAAUAGCUUAACUGUAAUAUUUUUAUAUGUUGCAGUGAAUAUUGCUAUUUUGAACAGGCACCUGAUGGAUGGGUGGGUGCUUAAUGGCAUGGCUUAUUGCAUAAUAGUUGGCCUAAUUAUGCACUUCAUGCAUAAAUCAAUCUAAUGCUACUGUGCAUAAUCACUAGUUUAUUCCAUUCAUCAUUUAGCACUGGACAAGGAAAGAAAAUAAAUGUUAGGCGACCUGGGAAAACCCUUCACAUGGUGAAAUCUUUACUAUAUAUUGUUCUGAAACCUACAGGCUUUCCUAAACAUUUAAAGAUUACAUUCCAACUGCAUUGCGGAUAAACCCGGAAAUUCACUGUGCAAGGAAUUCACACUUAGCUAGACAGAGUGCAUGUUUUUCUACAGCUUUUGUUAAACUGGUUCCUUCCCAACAUAAUGUUUGCAGGAAGUUGUCCUACGCAUGAUUAAAAAGUAAAUAAAAACAUAGUGGAUUUAUAACACAUUCAUAAGCACUGCAUAAAUAUUUUACAGAGUGUUGCUGGAGAAGUUAUGAAGGGCUUAUGCCAAUAUGUGCAAGAUGACAUUGGAGGUUUUAUGUAACUUUGUCUUUACAUGGAAAUAUAACUCUGUGUUCCAAUAAGAAGUAGAUACUGUAAUAAAGUAUUGGUAAAAAUGUGUCCAUCUGCCAUUGUACCAUUUGUCAGAUGUACUUAUGAGGUAUCUACUUGAUAUAGGAGCAUGGACUUGAAUGCUCAGUCCAUUUGUAUUGAAAUGAUUGAGGAGCCCCAUUUUGCUACAGCUUAUUAUUUAUGAAGCUCAUGUGCCAGCUACAUAAAUAAUUUUAAUGCCCACAAACUAUAAUAUUAAUGAAUAAAUUUAUAACACUUUCAUGAAGCACUGUGUGCACCAAAUUUCCUGAAUGUGCUGUUAGUAAAAACAAGCUAGUAACUGGCAAGAUAUGGAUGAAAAAAAUUACACUAACUCAGUUUCUUGAUCCAUCAACUCCUAAUGAUAAUCGAUGGCUGUUGUUGUGCUCGCUUCUCUCUUCGUAAAGACAAAGUUGUAUAAAACCUCUGAUAUCAUCUUACUCUCUAUGACAUAAGCCUUUCAUAAAUUCUCCAGCAAUGCUUUAUAAAAUAUUUAUGCCAUGCUUAUGAAUGUGUUAUAAAGGUACUAUGUAGGUACCCUUCAAAUAAAGUGUCAACAAAUAGGUUUAUGGUUGAGGUUUCAAAGUAUGUUGUAGGUAGAAAAACCUAAUUUUGUCCAAAAUCCAUUUUUUCUCUUUGUCUUUUUUUUGGCUGUUUACCAGAAUUCAGCCGCAGCUACAUCUGACAGGUUUUUACCAGGCCGCCACAUAUAUAUUUGGAGAACUGAAUAUCACUUGCUUCACUGUGACUCACUCUCGCUGCUCAUCUUUAAGUAAGACUUUAAGUGAGAAUAUCAUGUGCCAAACCAUCCUAUCUGUCCGCAGACCUCACAGAGUUACAUAGCUUACAAGAAAGACCUUUACCACUGUUCUGGAUUGCUGUGUGUUAUAUGGAUAUGUUCAGCCUGACAUUAACCUGUGUGCAAAUGAGGAAAUGCAGUAUGAAUUACAGGCUCUUCCACUAUAUGGUCUAGCCAGCCUUUCAAAUGAAGUAUUCCAGGGGAAGUAUCUGUGUUAAGUAAGGACUCAGUAUAAAAAUAGGGGAGGGGGGUUGUUUGGAAGUUUUUCCAGUGAUCUGAAUAAUAAACUUUUUUUGACUGCCAUAUUAUUACCUUGAAUUCAAACUGUAUACAGACUGUAUGUCAAUUAAGGAAUAACAUAACAUAUCAGGAUAUUAAGUAUUAUCAUAAAGUAUUUCAUGUUCAGAGGUUUUGCCCACUGUAAAAGCCGUUCAACUGUUCAUACUGAGCUGAGAAAUCAUUCACUUGACAUCAGAGCUGCAAUUGUUUGAGUUAUUUGAUCAUCUUGUUUUUCUGGGCUUCGUGUUUCUGCACUGUGACUGAUGAGUCUAAAGUGAUUGUUUUACACUAAUGGAGCAGGUGCUUGUAAUGACUGUGAUUAAAUCAUUAUUUGAAACA